AUGUUCGUCCUGUGGUUUUCAGCGUCAAAUCCUCUGGCUGCAUCCUCAUGUGGCUUCAGUUCCAAUAAACUCUUUAUCGCCGCAAUCUCCCUUUGCCUGGUGGCCAUUGCCGCAGCUCAAUCCGCGGAUCCUGCCGUCCAGGACCCUUCGGUUGAAUACUUGCCGCCUGUUGGUGAUGCUGAGGCUGCCGCUUUGUCAGAGGAUGGCUACCGUUACAAGACGGUGCGUCGCCUGAAGCUGCGCCAUCGCCGCGAGGUGCCCAGCCAGGAAUAUCUGCCACCCACACAGGAGUAUCUGCCGCCCGUGGAUGCCGUCGAGGUGGCCGACACCAAGGUUGCCGACGAUGGCUACCGCUACAAGACCGUGCGCAAGCUCAAGUUCCGUGCCCGUCAUCGUCGCGAUGUCUCCGAGAUCGUUGAGCCCUCCAGCGAAUAUCUGCCACCUGUUGAUGUUGAGCUCGCCCCCGAGCUGAAGACCGUGCUGGGCGCUGAUGGCUACCGCUACAAGACCGUGCGCAAGCUUAAGUUCCGUCGUCAUCGUCGCGAGGCCGAUGCCGCUGCUGAGGAUGCCGCCGCCGCUGAGGCAACCAAUGGCGAAUACCUGCCCCCUGUUGAGGCACCUGCCGCUGAGGUUGCCGAGGUCAAGACUGCCGAGGUGCCCGCCGAGGGCACUGAGGUCGGCAAGGAUGGCUACCGCUACAAGACCGUGCGUCGCAUCCGUUACCGUUACCGCCAUUAA